UUUGUCCUAGAUUUACAGAUUAAUGGAUACAAUCGAUGCAUGUAAGUGCAUUAUGGUAUCUGAACAUGUUUUUUCGGCAUAAUGACAUAAAUAAAUGUGUGUUUGAUAGUAGGCAAUGAUAUUUUCGUAGAAAUUUGAAUUUAUAACAAAGAUAAUUUAAAAAUUGUGGCCGCGAGGAUCCUCUGCGCAAGGCCCGUUUGCUACUUUUUGCUGGGAUGGUGGACGUCACCAGUCUGCCAUAGUCUAAAAAUCGUCAAAAGACUGGUUGACGGCCAUUUAGGUGGACUAGGUUUUAACCCACACACACUACAAUCCUUUCCCAUUGACGCUUUAUGCUGACAGAGGCGCUCUAGUCCAAAUAAUUAACAUACCCAGGUCCCAGCCAGGACAAUACAGUACAUCUGAACAGACUUCUCAUGGAAAUCAAAGGCUACCUGUCAGGAGUGGACUAGUGUGAUCAGCGGGCGACAUGUCGUCCCACGAGGAGUUAAGAAAGCAGGUGGAGUCUUUACGCCAGGUGAACACAUCCCUGCAGCAGGAAAUACUCCACAACUCUGCCCAUCUAUCACGCCUCCAUGAAAACACAACCCAACUAGCCAGACUCACAUCCGGCUCCACCUCUCAGAGCAGCAGCCAGUCAAACUCCAACACAUCUUCACCCCGCGUGUCCAGGCACCAAGCUGCCUCACACCACACAGGCAGGGGCCAGUCUGGCUCCUCAGACUCUUCCCCAAGGAUAAACAGGCAGCCCCAUCCUGCACACACCAGCACUCCCAGGUGCCUGGAUAGUACCAGGAAUCAUAUUGGGCACAGUCAGCCAUCCCCUGCUCUACAACAGAGGUUGUUCCAGCAAAACUCAGUAUUUGCAUCCUGGCAAAACCAAGAGUCAGCGAUCAGUCAUCUGUCAAAGCUGCAGGAUGUUCCAGACAAUCAUCAACCAAGGCAGGCUCAUGUGACUUCUAGCUCCACCCAAGGGGACCUGUCCAUAAGUGCUGACCUGUCCCAAGUUCAAGGAGAGGAGUUCAGUUUCACUGAUGACAUGGAUGGCGAGCACAUGGCAACUAUGGAAGAUGGUCCUGAACAUUUAGACAGUCCUGGUGUCGUGGAUACAGAUGCUCCUGGAAUCCAGGGGGACGGGCCAGAAGAAGGGGACAGGCAGGAGGUACACAAGGAGUCAGAGAGUGACAUACUACAGCGUGUCCAACAGUUGGAAAAUGAGAGAACCAACCUGAUACAGCAGAUCGAGUCUGAGGAGAAGAACAGGAAGUGGUAUUACGAUGAGAUUGACAAGAUCUCCCGUCGCAUACGCUCACUCCCCGUCACAGAUGGGCACCCUGGGAAGCAGCAGCAGGGUCCAGCAAGGAAGCACCUGGAGCUUGAGAUCCAGCGACUCCAUGACACCAUGCUAGAGAGCUUUGGCUCCAACGAGCAGAUCAGCCAGCGCCGUGAUGCCCGCAUGCACCGCAUACACCGUCUAGUCAUGGAGAUGCAGUCACUCCAACAACACAGGCAACAGAUCCUACAAGAAGAAAACCCGAGCCACCUUGAGGGUGAGGGUCGUCUGCGCCACCACUCAUCCACAGACUCUGCCCACUCAUCGCCCAGCGAGGGGGAGGAGCUUGACACAAUCACCAUGGCAACACAGACUGAGGAUGCAGAGCACGGAGAUAGUGCAUUUACAUAUGGACAGAAUAUACCAGGGGCCAUUUAUCAUGGGGCUUGGCAGUUAGAAGAAGGAAUUCCAAGGUCCCAGAGUGGAGGUCACCAUGGUGACCUUGCCAGUGUGAUGUCCUUCAACUCUACCAACACCAGCAGCUCCCGAGGGUCAGGUGUGAAAGGUCAAACCCAGUCAAGGUCACAACAGAAUCACCAGCAAGUGGGUCCAAUUUCUCUUCAAAUUCCUCCCCAACAACUGGGCACAAAGGUGGAGAUGGUGUACGGGCUGCUGUCGAUGUUGGGCACCCAUGACAAGGAUGACAUGAGCAAGACCUUGCUAGCCAUGUCCAGCUCCCAGGACAGCUGUAUAGCCAUGAGGCAGUCAGGUUGUCUGCCGCUGCUGAUUCAACUGCUGCAUGGUUCUGACCAGGACUCUGGGUUGCUAGGCAACACCAGGGGCAGCAAGGCAGCACGAGCCCGGGCUGCGGCCGCCCUUCACAACAUUGUUCACUCACACCCAGAUGACAAGAGGGGGAGGCGUGAGGCACGGGUGCUCAGACUACUGGAACAGAUACGUGGCCACUGUGACCAGCUCCGUGACACCUCAUCGGACGAGGAAGAGGAGGAGGGCAGACAACUUGUGCCCCCUCCAGAUCCCAUGGACCACCACCCGGGGCCAGCUAUUGCUACGCUCAUGAAACUCUCUUUUGAUGAGGAACACCGGCAUGCUAUUUGCACUCUAGGAGGCCUUCAUGCCAUAGCAGAGCUGAUGCAGGUUGACAAUGAUGUGAACGCCGACACAAGUGAGCAGUACAACAUCACAAUGCGGCGAUAUGCGUGCAUGGCUCUUACCAACCUGACAUUCGGGGAUGGUACCAACAAGGCCCUGCUAUGCUCAAUGAAAACCAGCAUGGAGGCUCUCGUCGCACAGCUCUUCAGUUCCAAUGAGGAGCUGUGCCAGGUUGCCGCUAGUGUGCUCCGUAACCUCUCCUGGAAGGCUGAUCUGGCCAGUAAAAAGACACUCAGAGAAGUUGGAGCAGUUACAUCGCUCAUGAGGGCUUCUAUGAAAGUACAAAAAGAGACAACGCUGAAAAGUAUUCUAAGUGCACUUUGGAACUUGUCUGCUCAUUGUAGUGAAAACAAGGCCGAUAUCUGUGCAGUUGAAGGUGCACUGGAGUUCUUGAUCUGUUCCUUGACUUACAAAAGUCCAUCAAAGACCUCUGCAAUAAUGGAAAAUGGUGGCGGAAUUCUUAGAAAUGUAAGCAGUCACUUGGCAGUAAGAGAGGACUACAGGAAAAUUCUCAGGCAGCAUGGCUGUCUACAGAUUCUGCUGAAACAUUUACGCGCCACAAGUCUCACUAUAGUGAGUAAUGCCUGUGGUACAUUGUGGAACCUCUCUGCUCGUUGUGCCGAGGACCAGCAGGCACUCUGGGAAAUGGGAGCCAUUGGCAUGCUGAGGAAUCUCGUACACUCUAAACACAAAAUGAUCUCCAUGGGCAGUAGUGCUGCCUUAAAGAAUCUCCUUGCUGCAAGGCCUGCCAUGAAAAACAUUGAACUCAAAAAGAACUCUAAUCAAAAUAGACCUACAUUACAUGUAAGAAAACAAAGGGCAUUAGAAUCUGAAAUAGACCAAAAUCUAUCAGAAACCUGUGAAAAUAUGGAAAGCCCAAGAGACAGUCCUGUUGAAGGCAAGAAACAGGAGAGUGACCACUUUGUGUACCCAGUGUAUCAGCUACAAGAUGGUGACCCACGACGGCCUAUGGUGAGGGCUCCUGUGAUGCCCCGCAGCCAGAGUGGAGAUACAAGCCUGUAUACAGACAAGGGCCAGCAGCAUGGAGUAGCGAGGUCGGGAAGCCAGGACAGUGUAGGCAGUACCCACUCUGACAUCUCCCACGACCGAGCUAGACACCCAUCUGGGCCUCGCACACACUCCCUCAUGGGCGGCAGUCUAGACAGGUACAAAGAGGGCUCCAUACUCAACCAUAGAGGCAGUAUCGAGGGCAGGACAGAGAGAAACCCACUUGGUUCACCAAACAGCAGAAUAUUGCAAGUCAUGCAGGAGGUUGCAUUGCAUGCUGGGAUAAAUGGUCAACAUAAUGAAAAUGACACAUCAGUAUUUAAAGUCCCAUAUCCAGUAACAAGUUUGAGACAACAACAGCAACAGCAACACCACAUGCCAUCUUCAUCAGCAGCAUCUAGUCAACACAUCAGUUCAUCCCAACAAAAUCCAGUCUACCUGACUCAGAUGAUGAGCCAGGCACAGUCAAUGGCAUACCAAAGAUACAUAAUGACAACUGUCCCAGCCCACAGCACCUCAAUAAACUACACCAUGGCGACAAACCAAAGACUCCAACCAGAUGAUGAUGAUAGUGACGAAAAGCCGCUUGAUUACAGUAUGAAGUACCAGGAGAGUGGCUCCAGUAUUCCUCACCAGAAGCAGCAGCAGCAGCAGCAGCAACAGAAGCAUCAUGCUGGACCAAGGUUUCCAUUGAAUCCUCCAAAACCUCAACCCAGUAGCUAUAUGGGCAAUGUUCAAGCAAAUAUGAGGGGUCCAUUUCCAGGGUCUGGUCCAAGGCCAUACCUUCCUCGUCCUGGUAUGAACCAGCAAAUAAACAAAAGGUAUCACUACAACGCUGCAUAUGCUGAAACUGACUUGGAUGAUCCAGAACAACCGACUGAUUACGGAGCCAGAUAUGGUGUAGAAUACAACCAAGAUGAAAGGGUAAACUACAGUUCAGGGUAUCAGGAGUCAGAUCCAAACUGUGCAGACUGCAAGCUUGAAGAGGCGAGGAGAUACAAUGACCGGCUGGAUCAGGCCAUCGAUGAGGAUCAGAUCAAGACAUUCUGUACUGAGGGUACUCCAUACCUCAGCACAGCUACAUCCCUCACUGACCUAAGCACUGCUGUGAAAAUACUGGAGGAAGCUGAACAACAGUGCCCAGCUGAUGAAAGAGAUUACAGUGGUGAUGAAACACACAAUUUUAGUUCUAAAUAUGGUGAAAAUGAUCCAGGCCAGAGACAACAGUCUUGUGAGCAUGAUGAUGGCCAGAAAGGAGGAAGGCAUGAUGGAGAGAAGAGUUCACGGACAGGCAGUAACAUGACUGACAUCCAGACAGGCACUACUGUCAUCACCAACUACCACAUCAAGGCUGAUAGACAGUCGCAGGAAUCCCAGACACACCAGAGUGAGGAAAUGCAAGAACGCAGUUUUCAUGACAACAGAAAUGAUCAUGCUCCUCCAGACCAGAUGAAGACAUACUGUGAGGAAGGUACCCCGGUAUGUUUCUCAAGGGUCAGCUCCCUGAGCUCCCUGCACAGCAGUGAGGCAGCAGACAGGCAGGAGAAGAGGCCAGCUGGGCCCCUACAGAGGAUUGAAGAGACGGAGGAUAUGAAUGGCAGCGUCCUCAAGAGGCCCUCCCAGUCCCGGUCACCUCAGGGGUACAGACAGAAGGACACCCGGUCCAUGAUGGACAACAGCAGCGAGAAAGAGCACAAGACUGUAACAUUUGAUGACAAGGAGCAGAUUCAGGAGACACCGAUGAUGUUCAGCAGGUCAACUUCACUUGGCUCCCUCAGCAGUUUUGAUACCCAGUCAGUGCAUAGCUCCGUGUUCAGCGAGUACAGUCGGCGGGCCAGUGAGGUGGUGUCUCCAAGUGAGCUGCCAGAUUCCCCAAGUGAGACCAUGCCACCGAGCCCCAGGAGGACCAAGUCACCAGAGAGACAUGCUGGGGGAGUCAGAAACGUGAAACAAGAACUCUUCCCACCCCAGCAUUUCCCACCACAGCAGUUCACCACCAGCGCCAGUCACUGUGCACAGCUUGUUAACCCAACCCGACAGCUGAUGGCCAUGAAUCAAAUGAUGAUGAAGCAAAUAGAUUAUGAAACAGGCUCCUGCAAAUCUGAAGCACCGGUUGUUUAUGCGGAUGAAGGGACUCCACCUAUAUUCAAUGACAAUCUGAGUGAGCUUAGUUGCAUUACUGGUGAUAACUAUAACAUAAAUGAAAGAACGCUAGUUGGUAGUCAGGGCCAUCUAACUCCAGGAGCUAAGAGCCAAGGCAGUAGUGGAAAUAGAACAGUUGACAUCACAAUAACCUCAAGUCAACCAUCCAGUCUAUGGAAGGAUGAAAAUACUAAUGAGGAAGGUUGUAAUGAACCAAAGAAGGUAGUUACAAAGAAUGCUGAUAAUAAUUUCAACCAAGUUGAACUUCCUAACAAAACAUCUGUGCAAGAAAAUGGUGUAGGAUUUUCAUCAGAACCGGUAGAUUCAAAACAAGAAGAGGGCGAGAAAAACUUAGUUACUACCUGUAUUACAGAAGAAAAGGUUGUAACUGUCCUAAAAGCAGAAGAAAAGGCCCUGUCUUCCAAUUCUGAUGUUUCUGAAGGUGAGGAUGAAAUUCUGGCUAACUUUAUCAAUUCAGCAAUGCCAAUAAGCACCAAGAAAGCUAAGAAAAGUUCUGACAGCAGUUCGAGGAGGAAAUCUAGUUCCAGUAAGCCAGACAGUGGUUCAAGUUCGAGAUCCAAGACUCCAGCAAAGUCCCAGCCUCAGUCUGGGUCUUCUAGUAAAUCUUCCAGUGUUAACAGUUCCGCCAAGAAACCCACUAAAACAAGUAGCAAAUCAUCAAAGGAGAAUUCACCAGACUGCAAACAAAGUGUUAAAGAUGAAAAGUCUCAAGGAUCAUCCCCUGGGAAACACAAGUCCCAGAUCCCUAGACCUCUUCAACACAGGCAGAUACAGCAGUUAGGUAUGCUAGAUACAAGCCACGACUCGACGCGUACGUACCAAGAUGAAGAAUCACCAUUCAAUGUCUCAAACACCCAGUCAGUGAUUAACAGGUCUGCACAAAAAUCCAAGCCUGCUGUAAAGCCAAGUCCUCUGAUACUGCAGAAAGCCAGGAACCUUUCCAAUAUUGACUAUGAUGAUGAAGGUGAAGGAUGCAAGACCUAUGCCACAGAAGACACUCCUUUCUCAGGAUCUAUACCCACAUCUCCAAAGAUGGGGAGAAAAUAUCCAGACCAUGUCAUGUAUGCUGACCAGAACCAAGACUGCCUGAAAACAUUUGCUACUGAGGAUACCCCAUUCAAUGGCUCAAUUCCUGGAUCACCUCCAGCAGAAAACGAGCGUCUCCACUUUGCUAAUGGUGAUAUAGAUAUAGAAUCUGACACUGUCAAGUGUUACAACACAGAGGACACUCCAUUUAGUGGAUCAGCUGUUGGCUCUCCUAAAAUGGGGAGAAAACAAGUCUCUGUAAAGGAAUCCCAGGAACCCAGCACUAUUGUUGCACAAAAUAAAGUUCAAAAUGUUCAGAAUUUCCAACAAAAGCCAUAUGUGCAGGGUUCCCAGAGUCACCCGGUACCACAAACCAAUGCUCCCAGCAGACUACCCACCAAACAUCCCCAGUUUAACCCCCAGAUUCUCAACAACAUUGGCUAUCUAGAUGAUUAUGAUGAUGAUGGAGAUGAUGCUAUCAAAUCAUACGCUACUGAAGGAACACCACAGAAUUUUUCUACAACUGGUUCUUUCAGUGAUUUAAGCAGCUUGAAUGCCAACUUUGAGGAAAAAGUUAAAAUUGAUCGAAGUGGACAAGGUGCUUAUCAUGAUAGUUCACAAAAAAGGGCUCUAGCCACGGGCAAACCUGCUCCACCUAUUAUUGAACAGCCCAUUCCGAUUGAUGAUGACAAAUCAGACAGCAGUUCCCUUGAUGACAAUGAGGAUUUGUUGUCAGAAAUGAUCCAGUCAGCAAUGCCAGCCCCUAGACCAGGUUCCAAGUCCAGAAGGUCAAUGGACAGAAAGGCAGAAGGGGCCGAGGCAUCUGAGAAAGACAACAUGCGUCUUAACCGUUAUAAGAAUUCUCAGAGUAAGGAGCCAUUCUACCCCUCCCAUUUUCAACCCCAAAGAACAUCUAGCCUUGCACAGGAUGGUGAAAAAAGUAAAAAGUCCCAUCUUCAAAGAGUAAUGUCUGAACCAGACAAUGAUCAGGUGAAGACAUUUGCUGAGGAAGGAACACCAAACAUGUCCAACUCUACCUCAUUCAGUGACCUGACAACUGAUUCUUUCCUUAGCCAAAACCGGAACAUGCAGAGUAAGGGUAAACCCAUUGGGCCCACAGUGUCAAGUCAGAACAACUCUAGUCUUUCAACAAACUAUCAGCAGUCCAUGACCUAUUCAGCAGGCAAUAAUUCAGUAUUUCUGCAAGCAGAAGGGGGUGGUGACUCCAUGAGAGUCUUUAAAAUGGAGGGAACACCACAGAGCUUCUCUUGUAAUGACUCACUUAGCUCCCUUGGAAUUAUGGAUGAUGAUUCAUCUUCAAAUAUUGUAGCACAACAGGUGAAAGCCCUUGCAAAUAGGCUGAUUUGUAACCUAGAUAUUAAAACAGAUUCUCAAAAAUCAUCUGUACCAGUUGAUGCUCAAUCUACUUUAAACCAGAAAGCAGCUUUAGACAAGGAAAGAUCUGGAUCUCAAACAUCAAACCUCAGUAACAGUUCCCAGUAUUAUCCGAUAGAGCUGGAGAGACAGGUGAUAGGUCAGUCAAGCGAGGACCAGUCUGUUCAUGAAGAUGACCACCAGGAUCAGGCUAGUGACAUACAUGUUACUGUGACUGACAACAGAACAAACAAAUCACCUAAAUCAAAACAAAUGUUGAAUAACAAGCAAGCAUCCAGAGAUGAAAAGUCUGGGUAUAAGGUGGAACAUACACCAAUAUGCUUUUCUAGAAACAGUUCAUUGAGUUCACUAAGUGUUCAGUCAGAUGAUGACGAUGAAGAUCCAGAUGACCUUGCUCUGCUGGAGGACUGUAUAAGCUCUGCUUUACCGCCCCGCACCCGACCAGCCAAGGAGGGGCGAAUAAGUAGCUUGGCAGGAAAGCCCCGCACCAACCAGGCAUUGUCUGCUGAUGAACUAGACCAAACAGGUUCACAUGAUUCUAGAAUGUCAGCGUGGAGAAAAGAGCCACACAGGUCCAGUGAUGAGCUGUUCCGAAAACCUGUAGCCGAUUCAAAAGGUAGACCGUGCAGGUCACGCUCACAAGAUAAUGAAAAACGCAAUAAAGAUCUGUCAAACCAGCAACUUGCUGAAGUGUUUGGAAGGAACACUGUCCAUAGAGGUUCCUUUGACUCACUGGCCAAAACCCAAUCAGCCUUUAUGCAAAUAACCAACCACCAGCAGCAAGUGAUCUCGGAAACCAAGAAUUUCACUCAGCAGAUGAUGCAAAUGACUCGCAGUGUAGAGAAGGGGGAUAACCAGAGUGAAAAGACUGACUCCCCGGCAAGUGACUACAACUUCUUCAUGAGCUGCAGUGGCAAUACAGAGAUCAGUGUUGAAAAUAUCAGCAAACAGUCAUUCCCCAGCAGCAUGGCCCCAGAUACAGAUGAUGACAUUCUUGAUGACUCAGUUUUGGAUUACAGAAAUGAUGCAGAUGGUCACCAUGGUAAUGGGGACAGAACGCUUACUGAGAAGAAUAGGAGGUCUUUUAAUAGCUCUUUUACACAAGCAAGGCAACAGCAUCAUGGGAUGAUAAACGGGAUGCAAGCAAGCAUCACCUCAGAAGAUGAACGAGCUCUAGCUGAGAAUGUUAGUAUUGUCAUGUCAGAAAUGGAUAUGCAGCAGAUGAUCCUGUCUGGUGUGUCAACAGUGGAUGAGGACCGAUUUAUCGAAAAUGAGACCUUGUCUCUUGUAUCCAAUGACUACAUGUCAGACACAGCAUCUGAGGCUUCAAACACGUGGUCUGCAGCAUCAGACCAGCGGAGUGAAGGAUCUAACAGUCAAGGCUGCGACGGCUCACAGUCGAGUCGGAGACCACGCAUCAUAAAGCCGGAGAACAAGGUAGAAGCUGAGAGGCCUGUCCAGGGUGAGGAGCAGAAGGGAGUUAGGGGCCGGAGGAAGCCCCUGUACCCGGGUAAACCAUCAACACCACCUAAUCAAGCAAGCAAGAAGGCAGACAAGGCCAAAACUACAGGUCCAGCAAAGCUUUCACCAAGAAUGGUGACUGGUGCUCCUUCCCCAACGGUGACUUCAGGCAGAACAGUGACUGGUGCUUCUCCUAACAUGACCUCAGUCAGGACGGUGACUGGUGCUGCUUCCCCUAAAGUGACAUCAGGCCGGACGGUGAUUGGUGCUGCUUCCCCUAAUGUGACCUCCGGCAGCAACACAAGCAGGGAGAGCAGAAAGGGCCACACACUGAAGACCAUACCCCAGGCCUGCAGUACUCCUGUCAAGUCUGGCUCCCCUGCCCAGUAUACCUCACCCUACCAAACACAGCCACACAAGAGAUCAAGCUCUCUGGACCAAAGGUCUCAAGGUCGUGACCCGAGGGGCAGUAGAAACACAUCAGCCAAUAGAAGUGAUUCUGCUAACAGAAGUAGCGGAUCAAAUAGAAGUGCUUCUGUGAAUAGGGUUAGCUCAAACAUGUCUCAGAACCUUAGUAAUCAGUCUAGAAAUAAAGCUAGCCCUGUGAACAGAUCUAAUUCUCAAGACAAUCAGGCACAGCCAAGGGCAUUGUCAAAGCAAGGAACUUUUAUUAAAGAAUCUACAAAUAAGAAUGCCCCUGUUAUUUCCCCCAGUGAUAAGUCUAAAAACAUUGAUUCAACAAAUGGUGUAAAGAUGCGCCAAAAGAAACCUAGUGAAUCUUCCCAAACCAACAGGAACUCUAGUGGGUCAUCAAAUUACAGCAAUAAUUCCAAUGUCAGUAAUAGCUUCUCAACCUCCUCCAGUGACAGCCCUCCUGAUUCCUGGGCCAAAACACUCCAUACAUACAAUUUUAAGGCAGACCAGGACGGAAAGAGAAAGGGAAGUAAUGUGAGGAGAAAUUUGAUGAACGAUGCUCAACAUAGUAAGAUACCUAGUCCAAGCAGAAGUAUGCUGAAUAAGUCAUCGAGUGGGCAGAGUCUAAAGAAGGGAUCUGAGAAGGUUGUAAAAUCCAGCAGUGGGUCAAGCCUUAAAGUGACUGGUUCUAACAACAGCUUAAAACAGAUUGGUUCAAGGCCAACUACUCCAGUUGUCAUGAGUAACAGAAAGGGGUCCAUUGAUAGCAUAGGCAAUGCAAAGAAUGAGAAGAAAACUGUGACAAGCAAAAUAACAGGCUUGUGGAAGUCUGAAAACAAGAAAAACAAGACAAAGUCUGAGAAAAAAUCAGUAUCAAAGUUACCAGUGGCAAAAACAAAAGGGAAAAACAAAAAAUCUGAAGGUAAAGAGGAAUUCAAGAAAAAUGAUUCCAUUCACAAAAAUUCAAAUAGGAAUACAUACAUCUUACCUGAAUCAACUGUUGACGGAAUAAGCAAAAGUUCUACUUAUGAUAAACUAAAUGCCAUCAAUGAUGCAAGUCAAAUUCCAAGCCAUGAUGGAAUGAGAACAAGUCAAACAGAUGUGCGGAAGAGUGGAAAUAUGUCCUGCUUCAAUAGUGCUGAUGUCAGUAAGGCAAAGCCAAUCUUUGAUGACAGUUCACUAAACAAAACAUGCAGAGACAUUUCUGUGUUUGAAAUAGGAGUAGAAUAUGAUCUUGAAGAAGCAUGGGCAUCUAAUAUUGAAAAAUCUAUUGAAAGUAUGUCUAGAAGUAUAGAAGAGAACAAAAACAAGAUUGACGGAAGUACCUUCUAUGAUGACUUUGUGGAUACCAGUAAGAUGGACCUGACCAACUCGCCCGCUAAUAGGUUGAGCAAGAGUGGCUCCAUGAGCGAGAUUCAGCUCGAGUUUGGCCGGAUACACUCUGGAACUUGGACCAAGAAGAAAUCUCAGAAUGAGUUUGCAGCUUUACCCAAUGCUGAUGAGACUAGUAGAACCCUGCCAUUGGUCAAGAGAUCUGAAAGCCUCAACCUGACCGCCCAUCUGGGUGUGUCCCAUAUAGAGUAUGACGAUGGUCAGGAUGUGUGGAUUCGCAGGGAUGACAGAUUCAGAGCAUCUGACAUGACAAUGUCCAAGAAGAAACGGGGUUUUAAGGGCUCUUCUGGGUUCCUUAAUGCAGUCAGUAAAAUGUUCAGUGGGGGGUCAAAAAAAGUGUCUGAUCAACAGAGUAAAUCCUUUAUUACUAUAAGCAGUAAACCUAAGAAGGAAAAAGAGGACUCCAAAAUCAACAAAUCUGAAUAUAAACUUUCAAAAGCCGAGCAAAAGGCUGAAAAGAAAGCAGAGGUUAAAAUGAACAAAAGUUUGCAGAAAACAUUGAAAAAGUCCAGCAAAAGUUCUAAAAGUAAAAAAAGUGGUGAUCUCGAAGAUGGCAGAUCAUCAACCUCCAGUAUGAAGAAAAGUGCAGAAGAUCUUAUUGACAUUGAUAGAUCCGAUGAUGAUGAAGUUUUUAGUAAUGCUACCAGUCAUAGUUCCAUUCCAACACCUAAAACAAAAUCUUUAGGUCCUAAAAGCUCUUCCAAUAUGCCAUCAAAUAACUCAAUCAGUGCUGACCCAUGUGCCAAUGAUCUGUCUUACAGUGACCUCAGUGAGUCUGGGAGCAAUGACUGGUCCCUUUCUUCUAGUAAAUCCUCACCGGGGCAACAUCUGACCAAGACUGAGAUGCUCCAGGCCCGGAGACAGGCCCAGAUCUCAUCUACACACGAAAAGUCUGAUGAUGGGGAGGAAAAUGGAGGCAAACGGAAAUGCAUAAUAACGACAGUAUAACCAAUUUGAUAACAGCAUUUAUGUGAGCGUUACUUUCAUGUAUAUAUUAGCCUGACAUGCUAGUCUGGAAUGUCAGGAAAUAGAAUAUUUCUGAUUUCUUUGCCUAUGUUGAUAUGUUAUAUGUAAGACCUAUUGUUAAAGCGGUUAUCUUAUUUGGAAUUCUUUUUAAAAAUUAUUUUGAAAUAUUUAUCAGUGUAAUACUCACUUCAUAUUAGAACCCAAUUCAGUUUGAAAAUUUAAAUUGAGUAAUGUGGCCAUACACAAAUGCUCUGAGACAGCAUUUGCUGAUUUUGAACAUGUAACUUAAGUUAUAAGUUAUUUACCACUAACAGGGAGUAGUGGAAAGCUACCGAGUGGAACUGGUGAACACCAUUGUAAUAAGACAGGUUGAAAUUGAUAAAAUAGCUGUACACAUCCAUGUGGGGGCUGAUUUAAAGGUGAACAGCCAUCACAACUGUUAUAUAAGUUUGUUGUUCAAUGUGUCAAUUUGAUGCCAUUGUUCUGCUUGAGGCAAACACUUGUAUUAAUAUGUAUAUUUCAAACAAUUCAUAAUUUCACUUUAUGUUUGUAGAUUCAAUUUCUGGAUAACAAUUGCUGAAUUUAAUUAAUGCUGAAAGCCAUGAAAUAUAAUCAUUCAGAUUUCUUUGUGGGUGAGAAAAAAUGUUAUGUAAGUCUUACAUUUAUUAUGCAGCUAAUCAAGGUACUGUUGUGUUAUAAUAUAUUUUGAAAUCUAUGUUAAUGUUUUAUACGAAGUGACAGUCGAAUAUGUGUUUUGAUAAGUCAGUAUAGCAUGUUGUGUUUUGAACAAGCGGUUGUAUUACUUUUGUAUAUACUAUAUUGACGCAUUGAGUUGUGUGCCAGUCUUGUACAUGUAGUUUGUAUUUUUGUGCAAUAUUUAAGAUUUUAUUUUUACUUCACGUAAUUGGUUGGAAUAAGAAUUGAAGUUACUGGCUGAUGAUUUUAUGAGUUGUGGAAAAUGGUCUGGAUAGUGUCUUAAUUGGCGGUAGUGAGUUGGAGUAAAUGUAUAAUAGAACAGGUUGGUUAGAUGUGUAGUUAAAAGAUGACAAUAUUUGGUGCUCACAAGCCAAUACUAGCUAUGUUCAUUCCGGGCCUAUAAUGCAUUUUCCCCAAGUGGCAGUUAUUGCUGUGUUCGUACAUAUUCAUCAUGUUUGACAUACAGUGGUCAUUUGUUCGCACUUUGCUUGUUUUUUGUCAUUGAAUUUUAUCACGGUGUGUGCAUAUUUGUUAUAAAACUACGCAACCAUUGAACCGUUGGUUCAUUAAAACAAUAAAUUGAUAAAACUGUA